AUGCCGCAGGAGAGGAUUUCGCUCCCGCGGCUGCCGGAGCGGGAGAGCCUGCGAGCUGCCCGGAUGCUGUACGCGUGGUCAAGUUGCCCGCUCGGAAGCCAUGCUUGGGUUUUAAUAGCCAUGUUCCACCUAGCCAUGGACCUCGCCAGCUGCCAGCCCCCAGCCAGCGGUGCUGGGGGGAGGCUCUCGCCACGGCCAGCGCUCCGGCACAGACUGUCCCGCGGCUCGCUGUGGGGCACGGAGAGCGGGGAGGAGCUGCGGCCCCCUGGCCCCCGCUGGACCUGCGCCCCCGCAUCCCCCCCGCAGAGACCCCGCUCCCGCCGGCCGUCCCCCACUGCCCCACUACCCUCCGGCCUCCCCCCCGGCCGGCCCCGCUCCCGGAGGGGCCGGCGGCACCUGCGCGGCCACGGCUUCGCACCACAGGACGGGCAGUCCACAGGACUGCCCGAGGUCAUCGUCUGGGGCCCCACGGGUGAGGAGGACUCCCUGGAGAGCAGCACACUGCCCGGCACCUUCGCCACCGCCGCCGCCACCACCGCUGCUGUGACCACCACCACCACCACCACCACUGCUGCCACCGGCACCGCUGCCACACCGCCCCGCGUGCCCCCCAGCACGCCGGCUCCCGCGCCUGGUGGGGACGCGCCCCGCAGCAGCCCCGGCCGCACCAGCACCGCCGAGCCAGCCGCCGGCCACAGCAGCAGCGGCAAGGAUGCUCGCCUGCCCCGCGGGCUGGGAGACAGCACAGGUCUGGCGGUUCAUCAGAUAAUCACUAUUACCGUGUCCCUCAUCAUGGUCAUAGCCGCUCUGAUAACAACUCUUGUCUUAAAGAAUUGUUGCGCGCAGAGCGGGCGCCCGCGGCGCAACAGCCACCAGCGCAAGCUGGACCAGCAGGAGGAGAGCUGCCAGAACCUGACCGACUUCGCCCCCGCCCGCGUGCCCAGCGCCCUCGACAUCUUCACCGCCUACAACGAGACGCUGCAGUGCUCCCACGAGUGCGUCCGGACCCCCGUGCCCGUCUACGCGGAGGAGGCGUUGCACUCGCCCGGGGAUUAUAAAACAACCUUCAAUGGAAACAGACCCUCUUCUUCUGACCGGCAUCUUAUUCCCGUGGCCUUUGUGUCUGAGAAAUGGUUUGAAAUCUCCUGCUGA